AGGAUGCGGAGGCUGGCGACUUCCAGGAAAUGGUACCGGGGUGCGCUUGUGCUGCCCGGGGAAGAGGACGCGCUGCUGGGAGGAGAAGCUAGCAAGAGCAACAGCCGUCAGCAGCUUCGAACAGCGCUUCAACAAGGGAAGGAAGAUGAGCGACGCCAACCCGCCCAAAGUAGAACUUUUCGUCAAGGCAGGGAGUGAUGGCCAGAGCAUUGGCAACUGUCCCUUCUCUCAGCGCCUCUUCAUGGUGUUGUGGCUAAAGGGAGUCACGUUCGACGUCACCACAGUGGACAUGAAAAGGAAGCCGGACAUCUUGAACGACCUGGCUCCGGGUUCCCAACCGCCUUUCCUGUUGUAUGGCAGCGAGGUGAAAACCGACACCAACAAGAUUGAGGAGUUCCUGGAGGAUAAUCUGUGCCCCCCAAAGUAUCCUCGCCUGGCAGCUCGUAACCCUGAGUCCAACACGGCGGGAAUGGAUGUCUUUUCCAAGUUCUCAGCUUACAUCAAGAACUCCAACCCUCAGACCAAUGAGAAUCUCGAGAAAGGCCUUCUGAAAGCUCUGAAGAAACUGGAUGACUACCUCGCCUCGCCGCUUCCUGACGAGAUUGAUGAAAAUAGCGCAGAUGAGGUCAUUUCCUCGACCCGCCCCUUCCUCGACGGGCAAGAUCUUACACUUGCUGACUGCAACUUGCUGCCAAAGCUCCACAUUGUCAAGGUUGUGUGUUUAAAAUACCGCAAAUUCAGCAUCCCUCAGUCUCUGUCCAACCUGUGGAGGUACCUAAACGCAGCAUAUGCCCGGGACGAGUUUGCCUCCACCUGCCCCAUCGACGAAGAGAUCCACAUGGCUUAUUCUUCCGUUGCCAAAGUUCUCAAACACACGCAUACACAGGAUGGGAGAGGCAUAGCACCCCAAAGCAACUGCAGGUUCGAUGCUUUGCUCAAGAGCACCCCAAUUGGCACAGCCAUCCAAUCUUGCUCCAGCAACCAGCUCAGCCAACACUUUCCUUAGCUUAAAUUUGGAAUGCAUUUUGUUGUAUUCUCCGGUUCUGAACCACAGAUGACAACAUACAAUUUUCCUCAUCAUGUUAUGACUCCAAAUGUCAACUUACGUUGUAACAUUACAACUUUAUUUUCAUUGAAAAUGUGACUCUUCCUCCUAACUUUCUUGCUUUAGUGUUAAAAAAUGACAGGUUUUCUAUCAUUUCAUGUUGAGCUUAUACAAAACGGCAAAUGAUUUUACUCAUGCAACUUUUCUUUAAUACGUGUUAAUUUUUUUAGUGCGGCCCUCACCCUCCUGCAUUAGAAUUAAAUUCAGCAGUUAGCAGGGGUCACUGAAGCAUUUUGUGUCACGUUACUUAUACUGGGGAAAUGCAACAGGAAGUUGAUUUUGUUGCAACUAAAAAUAAUUGUGAGUUGAAAGAUAAGCUUGACUGUGCACUUAAUGUCUACAAGUCGAGGAGAUGUGCAGAAGAAGUGUGUGAUCUGUAGGACAGGCUCACCAUUAAGUAGUUUUGUAAAAAGAAAAAAAAAGUCUCUUGGGCUGUGCUGUGUAAAUCGGGCAUUUGAACCCUGAUGCAAAUUAUGGAGUGGACCAUGGAGUUUUCACAAAAGGGUGGUCGAGGAUUAGUUUGUUCACAUUUAUGGAGAAGAAGGGACUCAAGAGUUGAUAGGUGCACUAUACAGUAUGCCACAGGCGUGUCAAGCUCAUUUUUCUCGCAGUCCACAUUGUAGUUCCAUUUUCCUUCAGAGGGCCGUGAUGACUGUGACACCAGAAAAAUCUUGAACCGCCUCAUCAUAUUUACACAAAAUUUAUGAACUACUUUUGUAAUCAGAAAUCAAGGGUAAUGGGUUUUGUUGUUUGGUAACACAAAAAUGCUUGCAAUAACGCAACGUUAUCAUUUAUAUGAUAUGACUAUUUGAAAUUUUUAUACAGAUUUUAACAAAAAAUCAUGGAAGUUGAUACAGGUGAUUUGCCUCGGAGGGCCACAUAAAAUCAUGCGGCGGGCCGGAUCUGGGGACCUGGGGCUUGAGUUUGACACCUGUGGUAUAUCGUAUUUCAAUUACUGUUUGAUCCCCUCAUGUUGAGAUCGCACUGUUGGUUUUGCCGAAAAGGACUUGACUAAAACGUAUUGGGGGGGUAAUUGAGUCCACACGUUACCAGUUACAGUGACCUGGAAAGUGACUUGAGUGUGAACUGAACACGCUAUAAUAGUUAGAAUACGCCUUGUUUAGCUGUAGAAGUACUUUGUCUUGUUGUUCUUGAUUAAUUUACUAUACGGCGCUCUGCUUCAUUAGAUAUUGACGACUUUCUGGAAUUCAAACGUAAUUGAAUGAAAGUUCUGUCCGGUGUCUAAUAUAAUCUAAUGUCUGACAGAUGAAGUUAAAUCAAGGACAAAAAAAAAAAAAAAUCCAACCACCUUAAGUGCAAUUUAAGAAUUAAAAAAAAAAUUUUUUCUUCUGUGCUUUCAACACAAAA